AUGAGAAAUGGUCUCUGCAGUCACAAGUAUAAACCUGUCGACUACAAACAUCUACAUGAACUUGCUGCAGCAGAAAAAGUGACAUCUGCAAAAAUUCAACUAAAGAUUGAAAAAACAGAGCAAGUUUCAAAAAUUAACAAAGAGCAAAUGCUGCUGAAACAGCAUCGGCAAGUGUGGUGGCAAGAACAUAAAAGACUGAGUGAGAGCAGGCAAAAAGCAGAAGCAGAAAUAAAGACAUUUCUUGAUGAAGAAAGCUGUAAGGACAACUUCUUUUUGGAUAUGAGGGACUUGGAGCAUAAAUUAUCAAAGGAGCGGGAUACGUACCGAAGAGAUACUGUAGUUCCUGUCUGGCAACUGAAAGAGAAUUUGAAAUUCAGGCUGUCUGAGAUGCAGCGUUACCUCUCAGAAGAAUCUUGUCUGAAAUCUAAGAUCAAUCCAGCUGAAGUGUUACAGCAGAUCAAAUCUUUGAAGAAGCAACAGAUGGCAACUUUGGAAUUCCUUGUCCUUGGAAGUCUGGCUUUGGAAAGAGAACUUGAAGACUGUAAAACAAAAGCAUUAGCGCAUUCUUCUGAUGAGAUAAAUGGACUUUUCCUUGAAGUUCCUUCAGCACUCCUGUCUUUGGAAUGCCCCUACCCUGAUUUGAAGACCUUAGUUAUUGAUGAAUACCGAAAACUUGCAAGUGGGUACUGGUCUAAGCUCCAGGAGAUUGAUCAACAGUUAGAAAUUGUAUCUAGGAACAUUGACUGGAAGGAGGAAGAUCAGUGGGUUUUUCAGACUGUUGUCAAUCAGUAUCCAAGUGACCUUCAGAGGAGGAGGACCCUGUACCUCGAUGUGCUGCAGAGAUACCUUCCUCACAAAUCUAGGCGUGACCUGGUUGUCCAUGAGAAGGCGUGGGAUCGUUGCCAUUCCUUGAGGAACCAGCACAGGGCCUUGCUGUGGGGCUGGGCUCAGGCCAGGAAAGCCUUUCUGCUGAGGGCAGCGGCGACUGCCGCCGAAGCCUCUGCUGCUCACCAGUCAGCAGCACUGUUGGCUCACACCAGGCGAAACCAACAGGAGAUCUGUGCUGAGCUGAAAGCAAAGGUCCUGCAGUGGAAAGCACAGCAGGAAGAGGCUGCUAAACUAGAAGCUGCUGCAUCUGCUAGGAGGAAAGAAAAGGAAGAUGAGAAAGAAAGACAAUGGAAAGAACAGGAAAUGAUGCGUAGAGCUCAGGAGAAGGAGAAG